UCGCGCCUCCCCGCCCGCCCCACUUCUCAUUCACUUGGCUCGCGCGGCGCAGAAGGCGCAGGGAGCACACACCGCCAGGCUGUGCGCAGCGCCGGAGCCAGCGGCCGCCGAGACCCCGUGCACGCCCCCAGCUGAAGCGAGCAACACCUCGCGGCCGCCGCUCCCCGCAGCCCGGCGCAUUUCGGGGAGCUCGUCCCCAGAGGAAGCCCAGCCGAGAGGCUCCGAGGCGCCUCCAGGACUGCCCUCCCCCGGCGCUCGCCUGCAGACAGGAGCGCACAGUGGCCCCGGCUCGCCGUGCCAUGGAGCGGAUCCCCAGCGCGCAGCCGCCCCCCUCCUGCCUGCCCAAGGCACCGGGACUGGAGCCCGGGGACCUACCGGGGAUGGAUUUCGCCCAAAUGUACCAAGUGUACAAGUCGAGGCGGGGAAUAAAGCGGAGCGAAGACAGCAAGGAGACCUACAAACUGCCGCACCGGCUCAUCGAGAAAAAGAGACGCGACCGGAUUAACGAGUGCAUCGCCCAGCUGAAGGACCUCCUGCCCGAACACCUCAAACUUACAACGCUGGGGCACCUGGAGAAGGCCGUGGUGCUUGAACUCACCUUGAAGCACGUGAAAGCCCUGACGAACCUAAUUGACCAGCAGCAGCAGAAGAUCCUGGCCCUGCAGAGCGGGCUGCAAGCCGGUGAGCUGUCGGGGAGGAACACCGAGGCGGGGCAGGAGAUGUUCUGCUCGGGCUUCCAGACCUGCGCCCGGGAGGUGCUGCAGUACCUGGCCGCGCACGAGCACACGCGCGACCUGAAGUCCUCGCAGCUCGUCGCCCACCUGCACCGCGUGGUCUCGGAGCUGCUGCAGGGCGGCGCCUCCCGGAAGGUGUCGGACCCGGCGCCCAAGGCCGCGGACUUCAAGGAGAAACCCAGCGCCCUGGCCAAAGGCUCCGAGGGCCCCGGCAAGAACUGCGUGCCCGUCAUCCAGCGGACUUUCGCCCACUCGAGUGGGGAGCAGAGUGGCAGCGACACUGACACAGACAGCGGCUACGGAGGCGAGUCUGAGAAGGGCGACGUGCGCGGGGAGCAGCCGUACCUCAAAGGUGACCACGGACGCAGGUUCGCUGCCGGAGAACGGAUCGGGGCCAUUAAGCAAGAAUCCGAAGAACCCCCCACGAAAAAGAGCAGGAUGCAGCUCUCAGACGACGAAGGCCGCUUCCCCGGCAGCGACCUGAUCGGCUCCCCGUUCCUGGGCCCGCACCCACACCAGCCCCCCUUUUGCCUGCCCUUCUAUGUGAUCCCGCCGUCAGCCACCGCCUACCUGCCCAUGCUGGAGAAGUGCUGGUACCCCACGUCCGUGCCCCUGCUCUACUCAGGCCUCAACGCCUCCGCCGCAGCCCUCUCCAGCUUCAUGAACCCGGACAAGAUCUCGGGCCCCUUGCUCAUGCCCCAGAGACUCCCUUCUCCCUUGCCAUCGCACCCGGCCCUCGACUCCUCCGCCCUGCUCCAAGCCCUGAAGCAGAUCCCCCCUUUAAACCUGGAAACCAAAGACUGAACUCUGUAGGGAUCCUGCUGCUUCGCUUCCCAUCCUCCCUUUCAAAAAAAAAAAAAGUGUGUUUGUGUGAGCGCAGGGCGACUGUUCCAGGGUGUGUGCCAGGUCGUCCGAGGCAGGGAGAGAAGAGCUGGGGGUGGGCGUGUGGGCUGUGUGUUGGUUUAGGACCUUGGGCCCCUUUGGGGCGCCAUGAAGGAUGGCCUGCCGCCAGCAGACUUGGGGGUUGUCGCAGGACCUCUGGGCUCGUCCCCACCCAGAGAAUAACCUCUGGCUACCAGUCAGCUGGGUUUUCAAAAGCUUCCGAGGCUGGGUCUGUGAGUCAGUCUCCACUCUGGGAUCGGGCCAGUGGCUUCGAGAAAAAGGUACUUUCAAAAGAGGGCUUUCCAACGCGCAGUUCCCAGCCGGCUCCCCUGACCCCGCCCGCCUCCCUCGCACCCUGGCCGUGACUCACCACGCAGGGAGAGGGCGGCCAGGCCCAGCUUUCCGCUAAGUGGCGAGAUGGCCCACGGGGCCUCGCACGAUCACGAUCGUGGUCUGGGGAGAUUUCCGCAGGCCCGCUCCCCACCCUGCCUCUGCGGCAGGGAGAGCGCAGUUCCCUCCCCGGCUUUCGGGGUGAUGGGUUGGCUGAGGAACUGAAAGGGCCUCAGACAAGCCCAGCUGCAGGGCUGUGGGCGCGGUCCCCGGGGGCCUCGGGCACCUGUUUCCAGGUCUCGCUGUCCAGGGAGCCACGCCAGGGUCUGAGAGAUGCAGACGCCUAAGUUCCCAGCGCCCCAAAGUGCAUCAGGCUGCCUAACACCGCGCUACCUUCCACCAGCCAAGACUCAGUUUUCGGUUCUGGCCUAAAGCUCCUUGUAACCAAGCUUAGCUUCCUGAAGGCCUGCCUGAGCCUUUCACAAGACCCUUUCCGUAGCCUAAUGCCUCCCUGCCCCACCCCCCACCCCCACGCACACGCACACACGCACCACCAGGGCACGUGGAGUCUCCUUCCGAGAAGGUUUCAAACCUCUUGGUCCAGGGGACCUGUCCCGGACUUGUCCAGCCAGGCCCGCACCAGCCCUGCAUUUUCCAAAUGCACGACGCUUGGCCGCCGACCGUGUUCUCACUCUUUCUUUCCCUGUUUUUAUUUUGGUGUCAAGCCGUUGCCUUUAUUUGUAAAACGGUUAUAAAUAUAUAUUAUAUAACUCUAUUGAAGAGGAGACUUUCAGGUGUUUAUUUGUAUAGCUACUUGGUCUGCACCUCGAGGACGAUGAAUGUACUCCUGUUGCUGGAGAGAGGGCUGCGUCUCUUCUGCUCGGGGGAGCGGUACAGUGUUUAUAUUUCGGAGCCUUCCUGAAGGUGUGAGGCUGUAAAUAUUUUUAUCGAUGAGCCGAUGUUGAGUGGCUGUUUUAAAGGACUGAAUAAAAUCGCGCUCUUCCCGUGGAAGGGAAA